UUGUAUGUGCUCUGUUAAUUGGAAUUGCAUGUAGCGCAUGUAGACAUUGGAAUCAAUUCAAAAUCUUUUCGAUCGUCGCGGGAAAUGGAAUGCGGGGGUGAUAUUUCUACGCGAGAUUUUUGUCCUUUUCCUGUAAUCAAAAUUUACAAGACUUGCAAGCGAAUUUAUAGAUUGUCGAAAUUAAGUCUUGCCGAUACCUACAUAGGAAUAUUGAAAGGAACGUAAUUAAGCGGUGGUAGUUCACCCUUUCGUUAUCUGCAGGACGAGCGUGGCGUUGCUAAGAAAUUGACGGCGUUCCCGAUGGAUGGCGCCACCGUCGCCCUGGUCGAUAAACCAGCGCGAUAAUUUAAAUCGGUCUCGAGAGUUCACCGCGAUUGCCAGGAUUAUCUAUUCUCGCGUAACUAAGGGGAGAUACGCACUCGCAUUUAAUUUCUCAAUGCCUGCGAUGAGUCAAGGGAUGAUAAUCGAGGCGCGAGGGUAUCUAUCUAGUAUCGCGAGUAACUAAUUGUAAAUGAAUUGCGAGCGUCCGUGGUUGCAUCGCGUGGAAAGCUCCACGCGCAUCAUUCCGCUCCCAUUCGGGGAACGGAUAUCGCGAGAUGCCACGUUUGCUGGCUCGAGAAGAGGAAUAUAACUGAAUAAAACGCUCAUUUUAUCCAGUGGGGAACCCAGCUCUUAGUUUAACUGCUCGAGAACCGAGAAAAACGUGGUGCUCGUUAGUCUCGAUUCUGGCCGAUUCCUACGAUACACGGAUACCAGAGGUCAGGCUCGAGCGUUCUGCACCAUUGUUGACGCGCGUCAUGUAAGCUCACGGAAUAAACCACGUGCGUUCCGUCACUCUUCGCCGCGAAAUUAUAGCCGAGAUGCCCGAGCAAAAUCCUCGUGACCAGUAUUCGACCUGGGUUGGCCUUGUAUACAUCUUUAACCUAAUUGUUGGAACUGGUGCGUUAACUUUACCAGCUGUAUUCAGUCGGGCAGGAUGGGUUCUUGGAUUAUGUAUUAUCUUGGUACUAGCUUUUAUAAGUUUCAUAACCGUUACUUUCGUCGUCGAGACGAUGGCAUCGGCUAAUGCUAUUGCCACAUGGCGUCGUAUGCAACAUCGGAAACGUGUAGGUCUCACGAGUGACUUAUCCUGCAACGAAAUUGAACUCGAGAUGCUGCGGUCGAUCGGGGAAUCUGGCCCAUCGAAUUCCGACUCGGAGGACACUCCCUUAGUCGCCACCGUGCCUACUACUCCUGAACGAAAUGAAGCAUCCUAUCGUUAUUAUGUCAUACAUGAAAAAAUCGAAAUGGGCGAGAUGGCUGGAAUCUUCUUUGACAAAAUGGGCACCACGCUGUUUUAUCUGUGCCUCGCAAUGUACCUCUACGGUGACCUCAGUAUUUACGGCGCAGCAGUCGCCAAGUCGAUAGCUGAUGUGGCUUGCACGUAUCAACCGACAAACCUAACUUGCAACGAAACGAUUCCAGAUACUGAAAAGUGUUGGGAGUAUUCACCUUUGAACCGAUUGGAUGCUUACAGAAUAUCCCUUACUGUCUUUGUCCUUUCACUCGGCUCCUUUGUGUUCUUCGAUGUACAAAAAACCAAGUAUCUUCAGAUGUUGACCUCGGUAAUGCGCUGGCUCGCAUUUAAUAUCAUGAUCAUUUACGCCACGAAGAAGCUGAUAGUCGAUGGACCACAGGGCAAGCCGGUACCGGUUAAUGUAUCUGGAAUCCCAGGCCUCUUCGGAGCGUGUGUCUACUCGUUCAUGUGCCACCACUCGUUGCCAGCUUUGAUAGCACCAAUUUCCAACAAGUCGAAAAUCAACAGAUUUCUGGCGUUGGACUAUCUCACUAUCGCCUUUUUCUAUCUUUUGCUAGCACUGACAGGAGCCUUUGCCUUCGAACACCUCGAAGACCUAUACACCCUACAGUUUGGUCCACGAGAGUCAGGAGAUUGUUCGAAGAGUAACAACUUUUUCAUAGUGACCAUUGAAUACUUCCUAGCGCUGUUUCCGGUUUUUACUUUAAGUACUAACUUCCCCAUUAUAGCGAUCACCUUACGCAACAAUCUGCAGAGUUUGUUUCUGGACAGUGACACGACGUAUAACAUUUGUUUGCGGAAAAUCAUCUUCCCGGUGUUGGCAGUCUUACCUCCAUAUCUUAUAGCCAUGGUCACCAAAGAUCUUUCGAUUCUUGUCGGGAUAACUGGAUCUUAUGCCGGAGCUGGCAUCCAAUAUUUGUUCCCUACGUUCCUAGUUUACUAUGCCAGAAGAAAAACCAACAAAGUGAUCGGACUCGGUGUGACCAAUAAAUUCGCAAGUCCUUUCAAAGGCAACUCUUGGUUGCUGUUUGUCAUUUUCUGGUCCAUUGCUAGCAUGAUUCUGGUAUCGGUUAACUUUAUCGAGGUACACCUAACUUCUUCUUGGAGGGAACCGUGACGCAUACGUGUCUACAUAUCGCAUUUAACCACGACAGGUUAACGAAGUGAGUUAAUUAUGUGAAAUAGUGAUCAAAAGAUUCUAUUUUGACAGAUACGGUGUUUUGAUACGCUUUAAUGGAAGAUAGAUCUCUCAUGCGGAAUAUUAUAGUGGAGGCACCGGUUUCUAAACUUUACAACUUGUUGCACAAGGGGUUCCGAAGUACCGAUCGAAUUAAUCUUGAAGAGAAGCAACAGAUUCUCCAGCGAAAAAUAAGGGAAUCGAUUGAUUUGUGUCAGUUCUGUGAGAAUUCACGCCGGUGGUGGGAAAGAGGGCACGACAUAUUCGCCAGAAUGGCGAUCCUGUGGUUAGAGAAACGGAGCGAAGGGAUAUUUGUAUUAAAUGAGUUUUAGAUAUUUUUACAUACAGGAAUGGUUAUCGUAAAGCUGCCAAACGACGGUGUAGUCGCGACAUAGACAAUUUACGC